AGAUGUAAGCUUUAGGCUGAAACCUGACUGGAGGCAUAGUACGCACCCGUCAACUCAACACACAUGUUCACUUGCACCACAGUUUUUCAAAACAAUUUUAUCAUAAUUUGCUUAAAUUUCCUAAAAAUGGGUAGAAAUAAGGUAAAGAAAAAUAAUCACGACAUUACCAUCAGUGAAUUGGAAACACCACUUAAAUGGAUAAAUGAAUUGCCCGAACUUGAACUUACUGUAGCUGACCUGUCCUCAAUUGAACAUUGGUUACAUCGUCAUUGUUCCACGAGCGAAACUACCAAACAAACAAUUUGUGUCCAACCGUGUAAAUUAUUGGCUCGAGCAUGUAUCCAAAUUUGUGUUGAGUGCACUUCAAAAAAUUGCGGAACAGCGCAAGCAAGUCUAAAUUGGUUAAGUGUUCUGAGGUCCGAGUAUGCUGCACAAUUUUCCGUGAUGAACAUCGACCCUGAAUCUUUGACUUAUAUCGUGGACGCUAUGAAAUUAUGUGUGAAAGAUUUACACACGAGGAACUGCGAUUCAAACAGUGAUUGUGGAUAUGAAGGAAGCUUAUCCGACUUACAGAUAGAUUUUAAACUCUUAUCCAAACCAACGCAAAAUACUGUUCGAUGUCUUCAGAGUGUUAAACUGUUGUUUUAUAGCACCCUUUAUUUUCCACUGGGUGUACAAGAACACUUUGCUAAAGAACUUUGUAUUCCCAAAUCUAAAAACCCGAUGGAUGAAUAUUUACCAAGUUCUGAGCUCACUCAUCAAUAUGUCCGAAUACUGAGGAGAAUUCGACACCAGAGCCGAAACGAGACUUUGGGAAUUAAAGCUGUGAUACCUUGGCCGCAAGAGUUGACCUGGAUAAACAAAGCGUUGAAAUUGGACCCCAAAAACCAUAAGAUAAAAACAACCCUGUACGAACUUUUGUAUGAUUUUGUCCAAAUCAAAACCAAAAUUACUUAUUGGACACCGUUUGAGAUAUGUGGACAACAAUUUACAACUUGUGAACAAAUAGUUAGAUUUCUUGAUGAGGAAAUAAGGGAAUUGCUACCCCAUCACUCAGAAUCGAUCCGUUUAAAAAAUUUGGCAACAAAAUUGAAUAUCUGCAAAUUGUACAGAGAAAUAUUUACAGAUAGAGAAUCACAAUUUGGAUUUAGGGGAGUGGACAGAUCGUUACAAUUAAACUCUGAUUCUUCAUCUGCAAAUUGGUUGAUCGGGCAACGGGACAUUCACUAUGGUAAUUACGACAAAGCCAUACGCCACUUUAAAACUGCAAUGGAAGCUAAACCAUUGUCCCCGAAAUAUACGUUAACUUAUCUUCGAGCCCUCGUUGCUUCGGUGGACGUUGAAAAGUUUGUAGGAACGAGAUGUGAAAUGGUGCCAAUAAUUACGCAAGCAAUCCAAGACAAAAUAUUAUUUGGCAUCCUGCACAAAUGGGCUCCUUGGAAUAUUCGCCACAUGCAGUUUCUGAUCGGUUUGAUGAAUUGGAUUUCUGAUGGUGCAUUCAAAGAAUGGUUGAGAUUUGUUGGGUAUUCCAAAUUUCUGGAACAGUUCAACUACUUAUCACCAUUCGGAAUGAAAAUUUUAAUGCUUCCUACCGAAGGAUCUGCCGUGACUAUCGAAGCUCUAAUAAACCACUGCACGAAACUGAAGCAUUUACGAGACACCACUUUAUCCGAGUAUGAUUUCAUAACUUCUCUGCGAAACUUUUUGUCCCAACGUUUCGGUCAACAGGACCAUAAAUCCAGAGCCCGAUUGGAUCACUGGACUGGGAACGUCUACAACGAAUUAUACUCCAGAAAUCUUCGCCCAGUGAAGAAAUUAAUUAAAAUUAAGAAAAAUGAGGAAAUAUUACUUUCUCCAACGGAUUGGUUAAGACUUCAGGAGAAAAGACUAAUUGCAGAGAUAGACCAGGGGAAAAGAAUCGAAAAACAGGCCUGGUACAACAACAAAAUAAAGCCAGAAAACACCUACCAGAUUAAACUUCCGUAUGAAUCCGGCAGCCGGAUUCACGGAAAUCUAACUUCAGCCGAAGUCAAAUCAAAAAAUGCCGGAUCCGGAAAGAUGGGUGAAUCCUCAAAAACAGGAAUUGGGACUCGGACUUCCGGACUAAAAUCCAACCCAGAUUCAUGCGGUACACUACUUGAGAAAAAGGGGGCUACAGAAGUAACGGAAAUUAUUGCGUCAAAAUCUCUUCUCAAAAAGGUUACUAGUCAAGGGCAGCAAACAUUCAAUGUGAACGUGGUCCCAUCAAAAGUGAAACGAGGAAUAAAGUUCGUCAAGAAAGAAUCGGAAAAGAAAGUACCAAAAGCAAUAGUUGGCCGAAUUGGUAAACGUGAGAAUAAAAUGAUGGAUUUUGACUUUUCCAUCGCGAAUUAAGAACAGAAUUAUGUUAUCUACUAAUUACGCAACUUUUGCUUUAUGUGGCCAUUAUAUUGUUCUUUAUGUACACAGAUGCCUACAUUUUUCUAAUAAUGUUGCUUGCUUUAAUCCCUAAAUAUUUAAACAUUUAUUGUACCUGCAUACGGAACACAUUUCAGAAAUGAACUAAAUAAAAUUUAAUUGUGAUAUUUUAACA